AUGGAUUCAUCAUCAGAAGAUGAGAAAUCAAAAUCAGUUCGUAGUGUUGAGAGCGAUGAUUUGAAAUCCGAUUCGAAAUUGGCAUACCAUAGGUGGUUCAGCGGCGGCGGCGGCGGAGAAGGAGUAUUUGGAUUGAGGAGAGAGAAGAAAAAACUGAAAAUAGAGAGGGAAUAUCCGCCGCCGAUCCCUGGGCUAGCGAAGACGGAAUUUCCGUCUUCGCAAAUGCCGUGGGUGAUGAAGAGGUAUCAUACCUCUGAUGGAAGAUUGAUUAUUAAAGAGGAGAAAUUGAAAAGAUUUGAGUAUUUCGAGACUCACCGUACUGAUGGAAGGUUAAUGCUGAAUCUCGUCCCGUUAAAUGACGAUGACGUUUGUGAUUCGGAUGACGAUGAUGAUGUUGAUGGCGGCGAUGUGAUUGAGACGGAUGGUUGUGAUCAAGAGAAGGUUGAUCGGACGGCGACGGAGGAGAGUGAAUCGGCAUUGCUGAAUGGUCCUGGUGGUGGUGGUAGUACGGCGAUCGGCGGCGAUGGAAGCGGAGGAGUGAAGUGUUGGAGUUUGUGUUCGUUUGGUGUGGCCGCGCCGGCGAUAAGGCCAGUUCAUACAUAAACGAAACACCAAAAUUGUUGAGCUAUGAGAAAUUGAUGGGAUUUUCCAUAUAUUUGAGGCUUUUUUUUAGGAUUUAAAUUAUUUUUAUUUAUUUAGCUCAAAAGGAAAAAAUUUU